ACGUUUACAGUUAGCUGUGCUGAUUAUUUGGAAGCGUAUUGGCGCAUUUUACACAUGAAUCAGUGCAUUCUAAUGAAAUAUACAUAAAACAGGAACGCAUAUCUGCAAAAUCACAAACAUUAAUUCAGCAUGGAGGAUCGUGGAGAGUUAAGCUUGGUGAAGAAGGUGGUCCACUCGCUGGUGGUGUCCUCACCAGGAAAACUGACAGUCGAGCAGAUGAUGCGGGAUUACCUCAGCGAAGAGGGCUGCACUUUGCCCUACAGCAAACUGGGAUUCAAGGACGCCGAAUCCUUUCUCCGAUCCAUUCCGGAUAUGGUUACGGUGACGGGCCACGGACAAAUGGCAUGGAUAACUGCAGUAGCCACUGCCAAAUCAGCGCACAUUCAGCAAUUCGUCCGUUGCCAAAAGAAGUCCAAGAAUCGAGGCUUACACAAACCCAAGUAUUGCUACGCCUCCGAGCCAUCCAAUCUGGUCUUCAUUAACGAACGCGCCUCUAAAAGUAAAAACAAGAAAGCUCCGUCCCAAACUUAUCAAAGGCCCAGCAAUCUGAAACUUCCUGUUUCGUAUCCCAACUAUAGUCGACUAUUAUUUCCCGUCCAUACGCCUGUUAUCUACGCUAAUAUUGACCAAAUGAUCAUCACCAGACAGCAACAGAGUACCUUUAGACCACAAAGGACAAGCUUUCCAUGUAACGCCAACUCCAAGUCAUUGAAAGUUAAUGGUUGGUCACAGAACGGCCAAAAACCGGAACCCUCAAAGGAGCAAAACCAUCAGACACAUCCUGAAACAUCUACUGAGAAUAAGCAAGACGUGCCAGCUCAGGAAUCAGAGAAAGAAAACGAGGAAUUGGCCAAAGCUUUUGAAAACCUUUCCGUGGGCGUUGCUCCCACUGGUUACCAAGAAAAGCUAGAGUACGAAAUAUAUGAGGAUGAUGAGGACGAAUUUGUCAGGGACCCCUUUAUCUAUGGAGAGGUUAAAGAUCCAGAUCAAGUGCUUUCAUCCGAGGAUGGGUCUGAUCACAUAUCGAUGACCACAACUCAAUAUAAUGCUGUCAGGCCGCUGGAUCCGCCGGAGGAUUGCUUACACUACGCGUCUUCUGACGAUGGGGAAGAUGAAAAUGCCAUUCCAUCUUAUGCUGUCGACGAUCGGGUUCUAGGCGUUGACUACCCUAAGGAUGCGGUUCGUUCUGAUUUCACACUGCCUUCUCGCGUUAUUGAGUCCAUUAUUGAGGUACAGCAGCGCAUUAGGGUGCAGUUAGUGAGCUUGGUCAAUCCACACAAUUUCAACUUCUGGAUAUAUAACGAAGAGUUUAAAGACUACGAGUCACAGUUUGCCAAUAUGCAAACGUUUUAUGACAAUUGUGCCUCGGAAAAUUACACAAUGCCACUGUUUUUGAUAACUACGGAUCAUCUCUGUGUGGUUCGCGGUACGAGUGGCUGGGAAAGGGCCAAAGUAUUAGGCUACCGGUCCAGUAACAACAAAAUAUCAAUCGAGGUUGAGCUGGUGGACAUAGGCGACAUAAUCUGCGUGUGCCAGCGGAAUGUUAAGUUUCUGCUCAAGCAGUUCGCCUUGCUGCCACGGCAAUGUUUGUCCGGUCGAUUGGCGUUCAUAACGCAGUGGAAGGCUCCAAAAUGGUCCGCAGAAGUUGUUAGCUUCUUCCACGAAAUGAUAUUAUUGCGCCAACUUUACGCCAAGGUCGAAGCUAUUAAGAACAAUACUGCCUAUCUUGUGCUAGUUGAUACGGAAAGACAUGCACACACUAUUAAUUUAAAUAGAGCGCUCAUAGAAUCUGGUUGGGUGCGCCGCUGCACAAGUGUAUAGAUUUGUAUUAUAUUGAUAUUGCAUUAAUUACCACUUGUGUGACUUACUGUUGAGCCCAAUUCAAGUUCCUAUCGCGUCGACAUGGAAUGUCGAACGGAUUAAUUAUGUUUCCCACAGUUUGACUUCAAGGAAACUCGUUAACAUAUUAUUUUAAGGCAAACGCUGUCCUUCUGCUUUCUUUUUAUUAGUUUACGUGUAAUAAAAUACUAGGUUACAUAAAUCCUUCAACAAGUCGCUGUCCUUCGCCUGAUUUAUGCCCGAAAGUAAAACAAACAAGGACUCAAAGACGAACCACUUGCAAAAGAGAUCUCGCUCGCAACUAAAAGUGGCAUCUUGAACGGAAAUUCUGAAUCUGAAUGGAAAAUCAUGAUCUCGCCUGGUGGGCAGGCCCGCAAUAAAUACUUGAAAUGUAACUGAGGCGCUUUAACAAUUCCCUAUAAAAGACAACAUUGUCUAUGUUUUGUAUAUAUAUGUUGUGUAUAUAGUUGGUUUCUUGUCUGUUUUUAGAUUUUUUUUUUUGGUUGUUGUUUUUUUUUAUUUUUUGGUGACCGCUGAAACGACGGCACCCUGAGGUUGGUUUUUCAUAUAUUUUUCAUUAUGUUUUUUUAUUUUUUUUGUUGAGGCUUCUCUACUACGUUGUGUGUCGAGUGGUGUUUUGUUUGUUAGUGAGUGAAAAACUAAUAGUUCAUCUACUAAUGCGCAUUCGUUAAAUUUUUGCUUAAAUACUUUUCAUUUAGUUUUGUUUCUUGGGUUCUUUUCUGGUUUUGUAUAUUGCUGAGUUAUGUUUUCCCUUUUUCUUGUUUUUUUUUUUUUUGCAAUGCGUAUUUAAAUAUGCUAUAUAAUCGCAAUAAUACAUAAUUGUUUUGUUGUUUGUUUGUUGGUUGCUCGAGUA